CUAGGUUCCCCAUGGACAAAGGUGUGGCAGGCCACGUGGCAACAACGGGAGAGGUGCUCAACAUCAAAGAUGCUUAUGCGGAUGAUAGGUUCAAUAGAGAUGUAGAUCUGCAGACAGGCUAUACCACUAAAACAAUUCUGUGCAUGCCAAUAAAAAUAAGGGGAAACAUCAUUGGUGUUGUUCAAAUGGUUAACAAACUGAAUGGUACUUUUACAAAGUCAGAUGAGGAGUCAUUUGAAACAUUUGCUAUUUAUUGUGGUCUUGCACUUCACCAUGCUAAAUUGUACGACAAGAUCCGCAGGUCGGAACAGAAGUACAAAGUAGCAUUAGAGGUGUUGUCCUACCAUGGAACAUGUUCAGAAGAAGAAGUGCAGAAAACAAAAAGUAUUGAUGUCCCAGAUAAACUCCCAGAACUCAUCAAGUAUGACUUUUCCCCGUGGUCAGUGGAUAAUGACCAGAAACCAAUCUAUGUCAUUCACAUGCUGAAGGACCUCUUUGAUACAGCAGAUUUCACAAGCUCUUGGGGAAACAAAAAUCAAAAAAGGUAUGACUUGGAUACUCUUUACCGAUUUACUUUAACAGUUCGCAAGAACUACCGUGCAGUUCCAUAUCACAACUGGGCACAUGCAUUCUCCGUUGCCCAUGCAAUGUUCACAGUUAUCAAAACCACCAGCAACAAGUUCAAACCAAUAGAGGCUUUGGGUCUGUUUGUUGCAUGUCUGUGCCAUGACCUGGACCACAGAGGGAAAACCAACUCAUUCAUGGUGAAGAGUGCCUCCCCAUUGGCAGCAGUCUACUCCACCUCCACCAUGGAACACCAUCACUUUAACCAGACAGUGACCAUACUGCAGAACGAAGGGCACAAUAUCUUCAAGAACCUGUGUUCUGAAGAGUAUAAACAGGUUCUGGGAGACAUUCGUCACUGUAUCCUUGCCACAGAUUUGGCCCUCUUUUUUGGUAACAGAGCACGUCUCAAGGACCUGGCUGAAAACAAACAGCUGUCUUGGGACAAUGACGAUCACAGACAUCUAGUCCAGGCAAUAGCCAUGACCUCCUGUGACCUGUGUGCCAGCUUUAAGCCUUGGGACACACAGCAAGAGACUGUCAAAGUUAUAUUUGAGGAAUUUUACAUCCAGGGAGAUGAGGAAAAGAAACAAGGUCUCACUCCAAUAGAAAUGAUGGACAGGGAUCGCAAAGAUAUGUUACCCCAGCUGGAGGUUGGUUUUCUGGUUGGUAUUUGUUUACCAUGUUAUGAACUCUUGGCUCAGGUUCUACCUCCCACCUCUCCCAUGGUAGAAGGUGCAAAGGCAAACCUGGAAAAAUGGAAAGAGCUUGCUGAUAAGCAAAAGGAGUUGGAAAAAGAGAAAGAAAAAGAAUCAGAAGAAAAAGAAAAUAAAUUAGAGGGAAGUAAUAAAGAAAAAGAAUCGUAACACAUGCAUGUUAUUUUUUGGUGAAAUCUAGAAAGGAUUACAACAUCAACUAUAUAUAAAUUUAUGGCAGGGAAUUACUUGGAAGCCUUUAUACUAUCAAAAUGGCUGCAAGCUCUUAAGUCAAUUCAUUGUACUUUUUACAAGUCACUCUGCAGACCAGUAGGGAUAAGUCCUGAAGAUGGCAGCACAAAGGCUGUUCCGGGGGGCUCCAACACCCAUCUGAGUUUUUUUAAUAUAAAUUUGUAAUAUUGGAGAUAUAUACUGGUACCAUGUGCAUUUCUAUCUUUUAAGAACCUCAAAGAUAUACAGCUUUUUAUGCAGAAUAAUGCAAAACUUUGUAUAUAAGAUAUGCCUCAGUAACUGAAAUGAAUGACUAUAUAUCAAAUGUUAAGAAAUGUCAUGAUAGUUUCAUUAGUGACUAUAUUACACAUAGGUACAUGUUUGAUACUUUAGGGAAACUACAUGACUUAUGUACAGUUCUCUCAUAAAUAUUACUAUCCAAAUCCUUUUGGGACUGAGGCAACAUCUGAUAGCUAUAAAAAUUGUGAAAAAACAUACUGGUGUGAACAGACAUAUUAAAACUAUUUAAAAGUU